CUUGGCGACCUCUCUCACUGUCCACCAUCAUCAUCAUCAUCGUUUCGAGUCCUCCACUCUCUCCGUCGAAGCUGAACUCCAAAAGCCGGCUGUAUCUGAAUCUCCUUCUCUAAUGGCGGCUCUGGCUCGCAUCUCGAGGAAAGCUCUAGGCUCGUACGGACUCUCAGCUCAACAAAACAUCCUCCAUCGCGGAUUCUCGGCGGAAGCCGCGAAGGCCAUAAGGCCGUCGGAGGAUCGGGUGAGAUGGGACUACCGAGGCCAGAGGAAGAUAAUUCCGCUGGGGCAGUGGGUCCCUAAGGUGGCCGUCGAUGCCUACGUGGCGCCGAACGUCGUCUUGGCCGGUCAGGUCACCGUCUGCGAUGGUGCUUCCGUUUGGCCCGGUUCGGUUCUCCGUGGCGAUCUCAACAAGAUCACCGUUGGCUUUUGCUCUAACGUCCAGGAGCGCUGUGUCAUUCAUGCCGCUUGGUCUUCUCCCACAGGUCUUCCUGCAGAGACAACCAUUGAGAGGUUUGUGACAGUUGGUGCAUACAGUCUCUUGCGGUCCUGCACAAUUGAGCCAGAGUGCAUUAUCGGGCAGCACUCAAUUCUCAUGGAAGGUUCGUUAGUUGAGACCCACUCUAUCCUAGAAGCUGGAUCUGUGGUUCCUCCAGGAAGGCGAAUUCCAACUGGUGAACUUUGGGCAGGAAAUCCAGCAAGGUUUGUCCGAGCUCUUACACAUGAAGAGACUGUAGAGAUACCGAAACUAGCCGUUGCAAUAAAUGAUCUGAGCAAAGAACACUUCUCAGAGUUCCUCCCAUACUCCACAAUAUAUUUGGAGGUUGAAAAGUUCAAGAAAUCCUUGGGAGUAUCAAUUUGAUAAGCUCAUUUUCAUGUUUACUUUGUAUCUUUUUAGCUGGAGGUCUUCCCUGUAACGAAAUAAGCAGCACCAAGACAUACCUUAAUUUUUUUUGAGUUCUUUCUAUCUUGUAUUUUGAUAUUUUCGGGCCAUUGAAAGAAUUACUAUGAAUAUGUUUUGGCUGUAGCUGAAAGGCAACUGUCAAGAAAUUGUGUUUUGGCGUUUUAUCUGAUCAAGGCUCAUCUUGUUUGGCUAUACUUAAAACUUGCUUCACAAUGAUAUUAGGAUGAGAAACUUUUGGUGUU